GUCCAACAGUUAAGGCGUUGUCCUGACUCCUGACCUGCUGUCCUAUGUUCGUUUCAUAACAACGUGAGGAUUAGAGCGAGCUCCGUCCACUGUCCAAGGAGUGCUUCACAUAGCUUCUCUCGUCUGGUGCUUCAUAGUAAGAGUAAAAGCGCUGCCCUCUAAGCCUACUUGGCUCCCCUGCCAGCUGACCAUGAACUCAGGAAACAGGAUCAGGAGUAAAACGACUGCGAUGGUGGCCACGCAUUUGGCGAGUUGCCUGCAACUUAAAGAGAGCACCAUUAGAACAAUCACUCUCUUUACCUUUCUGCCUUCCACUCAUUUAAAAUCACUUCAUCACUCACUCCUAUACUCUCUCUUUCUUCUCAAAUACGUAAUAAGUCUACUUAAAGAUAAGAAGGGGAAGGUUUCCCUUUUUAAAAACAGGAUAAACCCCACGUAGGAAGAGUUUCAGGUUAAAGGUCAACUCCACAAUAAGCCCACGACGACUCUCUCUGCUGUCGAUACGUACGCAGUGAGAGGAUUUAAGUUGCUGCCCCUCUGACGCAUAAUAAGUGUCUUCUUGUGUGGUGAGUUGGGAUUUCUACGAAAUGGCAUCAGUUGUGUUUAAUGCCGUUUGUCUGGUUGUCCUUUAAACUCCCGGACCAGGACCAGGAUUUGCUGCCUUGCACGUUCUUGCAGAAAACACUAAAUUCCCUGCGAGAACCAGUAAACUACAUCCUCGUCCUCCACCUCCCUUCCCAGUGUCGCUCCAGUAACUUCUUGGCGAGCUCUUCUAAAAGGCUUAGAGUAAACAGGAUUAGAGAGCAUUAAAAAUCCCCCCCCACCCUCCUCCUCUCUCUCAACAACCAGCUGCCUGAUCAUCUUACCUGAGCCAGGAGCUGUGUGAGCUCUCAGCACCCCGUGGGACACACCUCUCUUUUCAGCUGCAGAGUAAAAGCAAGUAAAGCGGCGUGUCAUGGUGUCGUCAAAGGAUUUCUUCGCGCCGUUCUGUUUUUCUGCAUCUGGAGACUUCUGAACUAUGCAAACUUGUAAGACGCUGUCCACGCUGCUGUUCCAUGGUUUGACUGGAAGUGCAUAUCUACGUUGAAGACAAUCACGGAUUUAACAUGAGCGUCGUUCCUUGGAGAUGUGUUUUCUACUCUGUGGUGUUCAGUUCUGUGGUCCUGUUUUUGGACAUAAGGACAGAUGCAACACUGGAAGGUUCCUCUAUGGGUUACCUAAGUCUGCCUUAUAGUCAGGAGCCCGUGGAGGUUCCAGGCGCUGUUCGUGUGUCUGACAUAAAGGCAGCUCAUGAAGGCCGCGGAGUCACCACCCGACGGAAACGAAACAUCCUUUUCCAAAGUGGAGUCAAACUCUGUGCACAGGAGACCGUGCAGCAGGUUGUUGCAAGUCAUCUGAGCUACUUUCAUCUCAGAGUGUGCCAGGAGACCAUAUGGGAGGCUUUCAAGAUCUUCUGGGAUCGCCUGCCAGAGCAGGAAGAGUACCACAGCUGGAUGAACCAAUGCCAGGAGGGCACAGUCACGGCACAAGAUAUCGGCAGCUACUUCAGCCAAUCAGAGGAGCACCAUGCUCUGGUUAAAAAGAGAAUGUCAUUGCCCGUCGUGAAAAGUGAACCCACCAGGUCCUGGCAACACGUGUGCAGCACUCCAACAGCAGCUCCAACGGAGGCCGCUCAGGCUCCUGAGGCUCCUGAACAAGCUGAAGCAGGGGAGGUGGAGGAGGCUGCUGUCACUGUACCAGACGUAGAAGAGAAUCCACUGGACAAUGACAUCGCCGUGGAGCCUCCGACCCCGGCCGUGCUGGAGCAGGUGGUGGAGCUCAGCAUCCUGCUGACCGGAGAGUUGUACAGCGAUAACCUCAACGAUCCGGCCAGCCUCCAGUACCAAACGCUCAGCAGACAGCUCGCUGAAAAGAUAGAGGAUGCUCUGGUAGGCCUUCCUGGAUUUAAGAGUGUGUCUGUGCUCGACUUCAGGCCCCAAAAAGACACCCAAGGGCUGGAUGGCGUGGUGGUUGACUACGCCGUCACAGUGCUGGUGGAUGGAGCAGGAGUGAGCACCGAACAACUCGACUACCUGACCUUGCAGUCCAAUCGGGUGGAGAACUCGUACCGUGAGGUCGUGGAGCGCCCGACGGUGGUCCACACCAUCAGCGAGGUGAAAAACUUCAUCACAGAAGCCCUGGAGAACAAUGAGCUGGAGAGCGUGUCUGAGGUCCCUGAGCCUGUCAACUCCGCAGAUGGAGCCACGAUUAUUGCAGCAGAGGUCACGAUCCUGGAAGAGGACGCGGCAGAUGUCAACAAAGGUGACGUCGUGCCUGAGCUCGACGCGGCGGUGACAGAAGGAAACGACGUCAUUGUUCUGGAGGAGAGUGCAGUCGCCCCUUUGGCUCCUGUGUUGACCACGAGUGCACCUGCAGCUGGCAGCUUUGAGGAGGAGGGUCUGUUGCUGGAGGACACUGUGCAGACUCCUGCUGUAGAAACCGCGCCACCAGAGGAGCUCCCAGCUGAGCUUCCUGCUCCGGAGCUGCCAGAAGUCGUAAUGCUGCCUGAACCACCAGUGGAAGUCGAGGCCUCUGGUUCAGAUGACCUGCUCCAACCAUCUACACCCACAGAAGCAGCAGCAGCAGAAGAAGAUGAAGUGUCUCUUGAGGGAACAGAAGUUGUCACUAUAAAUGCAGAUGCCAUCUCUGAAGCGAAGAGAGAGAGCGAAGAUCAAGAGGUGAUGGAAGAGAGUCUCCCUGAAGCUGUAGAGGAGGAGGUCCCCGAAGCUCCAGAGCUCUCCACAGAAGAUCUUACAGAAGAUGACAUCUUACCGGUCAGCAAGGAUGAACUAGAACCACCAGUGACAGAAAUUCUGAUCCCUGCUCAACCGACUGCCUUGUCUCCAGAGAGGGAGUCACCUUUCACACGUAUCUUUGACGUUCAACCUGCCACCGAGGGACAACCUGACAUCAUCAUCCCUUCACUGGCUGAGAUCCACAACACUUACGAAGGCCUGGACGAUGCCGCCAAUGGAGAGCCGGGCUUUGAUGUGAUCCAUUAUGGUUACGGUUUCAUUAACCACACAGAGGAGGGCAGCACUGGCUUUCCACACAGCACAGACCAAGCCAGCAUCGCCAUGCCUGUGAACCCUGGACGAGCACUGAUGGUGUUCUUCAGCCUGAGGGUGACCAACAUGAUCUUCUCAGACGACCUCUUCAACAAGAGCUCCCCAGAGUACAAAGCUUUGGAGCAACGCUUCCUGGAGCUGCUCGUGCCCUACCUGCAGUCCAACCUGAGUAACUUUGAGAACCUGGAGAUCCUGAACUUCAGGAACGGGAGCAUUGUGGUCAACAGCCGGAUGAAAUUUGGCAAGCCUGUGCAACAAGGCGUCACCACCACCGUCUAUCUGAUCCUGGAGGACUUCUGCAACACGGCUUACCAGACCAUGAAUCUGGCCAUCGAUAAGUACUCACUGGAUGUCGAGUCAGGCGACCAGGCUGACCCCUGUAAGUUCCAGGCGUGUAACGAGUACGCCGAGUGUAAGGUGAACAAGUGGUCGGGGGAGGCGGAGUGCGUCUGCAACGCCGGCUACUUCAGCGUGGACGGCUUGCCGUGUCAGAGCAUCUGCGACCUGCAGACUGACUUCUGCCAGAACGACGGCAAGUGUGACAUCAUCCCCGGCCAGGGAGCCAUCUGCAGGUGUCGCGUCGGGGAGAACUGGUGGUACCGAGGAGAGCACUGCGAGGAGUACGUGUCCGAACCGCUGGUGGUCGGCAUAGCCAUCGCCUCCGUAGCUGGAUUCCUGCUGGUGGCCUCCGGAGUCAUCUUCUUCCUCGCCAGGACGUUACGGGAUCAGUAUGACAAGGAUGAGUCAGAGGACCCGAUACGGGGAGCAGAGAGCCUCCCAUCUCUGGAGAGGGCGACCAAGUACAACCCCAUGUACGAAAGCGAGGCCACCACGGGCUACAGCCACUACUACCGCCGCUACCCCGAACCGCCCGUGUACAGCAGCGCCAGCGCCGAGGCCUCCACCGACUUCAGCAGCGAGGAGAUACGACACAUCUACGAGAACAGUGAACUGACGAAGGAGGAAAUCCAGGACAGGAUACGCAUUGUCGAGCUCUACGCUAAAGACCGGCAGUUUGCAGAUUUCGUACGGCAGCAUCAAGCAGUCCUGGAUACCCGCAGAGAGAGCUCCUCUGUGCAGACAUGAAACUCUCCCGUGAACAGCAAGUGAAGCUCCCUGUCAAGACUCUCUCCACCUGCUCACCGCGGCACUCACAGAAUUUGGACCGCAUCCCGUCCAAACACUCCUCCUCUCUGUCUGCAUUCGUCUCAGCCUGUGUGGGCAGAAGUGUUGACUGUUCUUCCUUCCUUCCUUCCUUCCUUCCUUCCUUCCUUCCUUCCUUCCUUCCAUCCUUCCUCGGUGCCUUUUCGCCUUCUUCUUCUUGACUUGGGUGAGCUGGCUGUGACAUCAACGGACGCGUUUUGCUCCUCAUCAACCUCGACAAAAAACUGGACCGCAUCCUGUUACUUGAAACUUUGUCACACACACACACACACACACACACACACACACACACACACACACAAGGGAAGAACUUGUGAAUAUGUAUAUAAAGUUACUGUUACAUGUUUAUUAGUUCAGAUAUUCUAAACAGGUUGGCAGAGAGAGAGCUGCUGUUUUUUAUCUUAUUUUGAAAUAAAUGAAAUGAAGUGAUGUAUGACAACAACUCUGUAUAUGCUACUGUACAUUAAAGAUAGAUCAAAGGACACUUAACCUAGUCCAUUAAAGGGCGUUAAAGAUAAUAGUCCAACAUUUUGGGAAAUCAUAUCUGUCCGUUAAACAUGAAACUCUCUUCGCUCAGCAAGGCACAAAGACUUUGCAGCUAGCCUGACUUUGUUCAAAGGUAACAAAAUCUGCCCCAUGCAGGUUCAUAAAUAUUAAACAAAGAAGAUCAAAUGUGUUAAUUAAGCUUUAGAGGUGCAGGCAGGCAGAUUUUCUGACUGCUGUGCUCCUUUGUUUUCCGUCUUUGUGCUGAGCUAAAUGCGUGCUUGCUGUAGCUCUACAUUUGAUGUACAGUUAUGAAAGUGGCGAGUUACUGCCCCAAGCGAAGUUCAAGUAUCUCGGGGGUCUUGUUGGAGCGUGAGAUGGACCGGCAGGUUGGUGCGGCGUCGGCAGUACUAUGGACAUUGUACCGGACCGUUGUGGUUCAGAGGGAGGCUCUCGAUCUUCCAGUCCAUCUACGUUCCAUCCCAUCAAUCCAUGAUUAUUGGGUAGUGACUGAAAGAAUGAGAUCGUGGAUACAAGCAGCUGAAAUGAGCUUCCUCCACCGGGUGGGAGAGCUCGGCUGUCUUGUGGCUAGAUGAUUAAAACACGAGGAUUAAAAAGACAGAUGCAUAUUGACCACACACAUCCUCCUCGGAUACAUAAUCCUUCUGCCAGCGAUGUGACUUUCCACGUCCCAAAGACCAGUCUGCAAUGCCGGGAGAAAAGCAAGGCCCAUUUCAUCUGACCCCUGCCCUGGGACCAAGGCAAGACCAAGGGGGCUACUGCCCUGGAUAACACCACCACAUUAAGGGGUGACCAAAAGAAUGAGAUCGCGGAUACAAGCUGUUAAAAUGAGCUUCCCCCGCCGGGUGGCUCCUUCACGCCGAAAGGAGCCAGCUGAGGUGGUUCAACAUCUGAUUAGGAUGCCACCUGGGCACCUUCCUUUUGGAGAUGUUUUGGGCACGUCCAACUCGGAGGAGACCCCAAGACAGACCUAGAACCUGCUGGAGGGACUACAUGGCCCAUCUAGCCUGGGAUCGCCUCCUCCAGGAGGAGCUGCUUUGGAGAACCUGCUGACCCCGGAUAAGAGGAAGAAAAUGGAUAUUAAAGCGGGAUCGACUUACCCAUCUAAAUCAUUUCCUAAAAUGUCAAACUAUUCCUUUAAGGUGGCCAGUGUAGUUUCUGUGUAUGUAUUAAUGAGCUUCGCACAAUCUGAAUAUUUACUGCAACGUUAUUCCACCCAUUUCUCCACUGGCAGGUGAUUUUUCUGCAUCAAUCAGAAGCUUCGGUGUAUAUUUGAGGAAGUGAUGGGAGAAAGGCAGAGAGCAUGAACUCUGAGAUCCAGAAAUAAGUGAAAACAUGUUUCGGUGGAAAAAGGCUGUGAGGCAAAGCGGUCCAGAGAUUUGAUCUAAUGAUUCAUCUGAUUUCAGAUGUAAUAUUCAAGUGAAAGAUGCAGAAGGAGCAAGCUGAUAAACAACAUGCACUCGAGAUGAGUCUCCUGCAGACUAAUUCCAGUGUUUUCUUUGGUGCUGUCACAUGUUCCUCCUUGGAACAAUCCAUGUUGUCCCAUGAGUGGAUCCUCACAGCUGCAGCUGGUUUACGAUCUGCUGGUGUGGCCGUCACUUCUUCUUCUUCAGAAUCAGACGUGUAGAUCGCGUUCUAGCUUCAUCGUCAUGCCUUUUGAAAUCUGCAUAUUUUGUUGUGUGUUUGCAUUACAGUUUGGAUAAGCGACCAAUCAUCGCAUACAGUGUUCUGUCAUGUAAAUAACAUAUAAGAUAUUAGCAGUUGUAGGAUGUAAAUCGUGUGUCUCAAAUGUUUAAAUAUAUGAAGAUAUUCUUUUUAUACUGAUACCUGUUUCACCACUUUAACAGUGUUAUCAUACCGUGCAGCUGUGUAUAUUACUAUAAACAAAUUGUAAUGUGUACAAAAAUAAAACGUUUUAUAUAAAAUUCAGAC